AUGUCUCGAGUGAAUAAGACUCUGGAUAAAAGUAAAAAAUCGGCCAAUAAGAGAGGGGAAGAUCUUAUUAUUAGGCGUUUUUUGAGUAGCCUACUAAGAGAGAAAGGCAACGUAAUCCCUGGCGAUGAUUAUAAUUAUGACCCUGUGGAUGAUAUUACUGACAAGAUAUCUAGCGCCAAGCUGAAAGAAAUACCACUAGAGGAAACUAUUUGUAAAGUCCUUCAAAGUGAACUUAAAUUAAUCUUUCCUGCACAUUUUUUCCAAGAUUCUGCUGAAAGCAAUUCCAGCAGUCUCAUUGCGUCCAAACAGAUAGUGGCUCCUAUGGAGUCGAAGAUGGUAUCUCAAAAUAAUAUCCCUUUAGCGUCUAAAGAUUCAUCUCCGGAUGAUCACGCUAUGAUGAACUUCUUGCCCCCUCGUCCAAGGACUGCAGGGUAA